CACUCAGCGGCAAACACUGCUCACAUCAGCAUACACCACGCUCCUCACCGACACUCACACACAUGGCGCUAACACGCACGGCUCCCACGCGCACCGUAACCGGCACCGAGGGGAUAAAGUGUGACGGCCACAAGCUCGCUGCGCGCAAGUUCCAAGCGGGCCCGACGAGCAAGAAUCCAGGCCGGUGGUUCUACACAUGCCCGCUGCCGCGGGAAGACGCGCAGCGCUGCAAGUUCUUCAAGUGGGCGGACGACACGGAGGCGCAAGGGCAGACGCUGGGCGCGUCGCCCGCGCGCCUGGUGCCGACGGUGCCGACGACGCCGAGCCGCCUGAUGCGCCCGACGGGGAGCGCGCUGCACACGCCCGCGAAGGCGCACCCACACAGCCCUGCGCCAGCCCUCAGCUCGGCAAGCCGCACGCCCACGCACGUGCCGCAGAGGCGCGAGAGCGACGGCGAGAUCGAUUGGGAGAGCAUCGACGCCGACGGCCUCGAGCGCGACGCCGAGGCCCGCGUCUCCCCCCGCUCCAGCCAGACCGUGCAGGCGCGCCUCGAGGCCGUGUCGCCGCUCGUGGCGAAGCGCAAGCUGUCGGCGGAAGAGGACGGCGAGCGCACGCCCAAGCGCGCUGCGCAUACGGGAAACCCCUUCCUUGCGACGCCGACGCGCGAGCACGGCACCCCCACGCACUCCCCGUUCUCUGUUGGCACGCCUGGAUCCGAGGUCGGCGUGGGUCGCGCACAGCAUCCCGCGCUCGGGAGCAUGCUCACGGCCAUGGGCGAGGUAGGGGACCAUCUCGCCCGCCAAGAGCGACUGGUGAGAGCUGCUGAGAGCAUGAAGCGCUCGAUGCGGACGACGAUACAGAACCUCCAGGAGCGGGUCAAGACGCUCGAGGCGGAACUUGCGGCUGAACGCGCCAAGAAUCAGUAGGUGGCGGCCGAGACAAUCCAAGAGCUUCCAAGAGCUCCCUCAAUCACAUGCCCCACCAUCACUCCCUCUGCCAUUCCCAUAUCUCUCAACACAGAUUGUAUCGUCACUGUAUCGUGCAUCAAUGUACAAAUGCCAUCAUCCCAACCCAAAUAC